CUGUAAGGGAGGGAAAAUCUUUGUUUACAUAUCAAUUCGGGACCGAUAUCUUGAUUCUUUACGAUAUAGAUAUAUCCCUGUUUUUCCAGUCUUUUGCUUCGGCAAAUCCUCAACACUUUUUGUGCUUUUUGAAUAACACAUCAUUCAACACCGUUAUAACCAAGAUGCAUUUGCUGUCCCAGCUACUUCUAUGUGCUUUGCUUCUGGCACCCAGCAUUGCUGCGAAAGAGAACCCAGAUUAUUCCCAGGUGAAGAAGGAGGGCAUCUCUGCGGAUAGCGUGUCUGGACAUCAAUCCUCAGAUGAAGCUUCAGCUAAGCGGUCGACGAGUGCACGAGAGGGAAUUGACCAGAUGAUUGGACAGACCUCGAUUCAGACUGUUGGCUUUGCAGCUAUCCGUGCGACAACAUUUACUGCUGCUCUGACGGACAUCCCCAGUGUUGCACCAUUGGUGGCCAAUGCGCCUGCUGCGACAGUUGAGCCGCGAAAUGUGAGCGGCCAUUCAGGUAACUGGGCUUUUCAUUAG